AUGGCCACCAACAACACGCUCGCCGCAAGCGAGCCUAUCCUUCCGCAGGGUGCAGGAUAUGGCGUCGUCGUCGGAAUUGGGCUGUUCUUCAGUGCGUUCAUGCUCACCCUCACCGCGAUCCAAGCGCGUUACACGGGAUUCUCGCCCAAAAGCGCCGAAGAGUUCAAUAGCGCGUCGAGGAGUGUGAAGCCGGGGUUGAUCGCGUCGGGGAUUGUUUCUGCAUGGACAUGGGCGGCGACUUUGCUUCAAUCCAGCGCGGUGGCAUACAGGGACGGUAUCUCAGGGCCGUGGUGGUAUGGGGCGGGGGCCACUGUUCAGGUCCUACUCUUCGCUCAGCUGGCAGCCAAGUUGAAACUAAACGCUCCCCAUGCGCACACAUGGCUCGAAAUCGUCGCCGCUCGAUGGGGCACUGUUGCACACCUCAUAUUCAUGUUCUUCGGCCUCGCCACCAACAUCCUGGUAUCAUCCAUGCUCAUCCUGGGCGGAUCCGCAACUGUCACUUCGUUGACUGGGAUGAACACUGUCGCGGCCUGUUUUUUGAUCCCCUUGGGUGUUGCGGUCUACGUGGUCGUUGGAGGCAUGCGCGCCACGCUGUUGUGCGACUACACUCACACGACAGUACUGUUCGCUAUCAUCUUCGUCUUUGUGUUCACAGUCUAUACUACAAGCGAGAAGAUCGGUUCUUUCAGCGCCAUGCACGCUCUCCUCUCGAAAGCGGCCGCUGACCAACCUGUCGCCGGGAACGCGCAGGGCUCGUAUCUCACUAUGCGUUCCAAAAACGGUCUCAUCUUCGGCGUCAUCAACGUCAUCGGCAACUUUGCUACCGUCUUCCAGGACCAAGCUUAUUGGCAACGAGCCAUCGCCUCCUACCCGGCAACUUGCGUCAAGGCUUACCUUCUGGGUGGUCUGGCAUGGUUCGCCAUUCCGUUCAUGUUCUCCACGACCCUCGGUCUUGCUGCCGUCGCGCUGCGUGGCGAUCCGGACAUGCGCAUUCUCACCCCUGAAGACGUGUCCGCCGGACUACCUGCGUCUGCGGCGGCGGCGGCGCUCAUGGGGCAGUCUGGGGCGGCGGCGCUGUUGGUGGUACUGUUUUUGGCGGUCACAAGCGCGACAUCGGCCGAGCUCAUCGCCGUCUCGUCGCUGUUGACGUACGACGUGUACAAAAAAUACUUCAACCCCAAUGCGUCUGAAGCACAGAUUUUGAAGGUGUCACACGCAAUGGCGAGUGCGCCGAUGAUCUCGUACUUGGUUGCUGUUUUCGCGAUCGUGAUGGGCUUGCUAGGUACCAUAUUCUUCUACAUCGGAAUAUCCCUAGGAUGGCUCUAUGAAUUUAUGGGGGUAGCGCUUGGAUCUGCCGUGGUCCCCAUUGCCAUGUGCGUCACUUGGAGCAAAGCCAACAAGUGGGGCAGCAUCGCGGGUGCCGUCCUUGGUUUCUGUGCCGGGGUAGUCGCUUGGCUCGUUACCACUUCGGGUCUCAACGGAGGCGUUCUGACCGUCGACACCACUGGUGGCGAUUUGGAGAUGCUCGCGGGUAAUCUCGUGUCCAUCGGGAUUGGGGGUGUCGUGACGAUUACGACGUCUCUCAUAUGGCCCGAAAACUUUGACUUUGAGGCUACUCGCGCUAUCAACCGGCCGUCCGCGGUCCGUCCGCCCUCGAUUGACACCGAGGACGAAAAAGGGGAAAAGCGCGAUCAUACCGCCGAAGCAUCCGUCGAGCCUGCCCCCGUCUCCGUCUCCCCAGCCGACGAGUCCGAGCUCGACCCUGUAGCCCUGCGCAAGUCGUUCCGCUUCGCCGCGUGGUCUUCCGUCGUCCUGACGCUAGUAAUGCUCAUCAUCAUCCCGCUUCCGCUGUUCUUUGCGCAGACCGUCUACGGUGUGCGUGGGCUCACUGCGUGGGUCGUGAUUGGCAUGAUCUGGGCGUUCUGCUCGGCGCUCGCCGUGGUUGUCUACCCGCUGUACGAGAGCCGCGCCGCGCUCCGGGUGAUCGCGCGGGGGAUCGUCAAGGAUGUGUUUAUGAGGGGGAAUGGGAAGCAUGGGGGUGCAGGGAGGGUGGCUGCCUAG